ACUUUACGUUUCAUGUUUAAUUCUUUUUACACCUUUUGACAAAUACUUAGAAUUAGUGAAAGACUGAAACUUUUUUCAAGUAUUUGAGCCAUACUAUACCACACUGUUUAUGUUGGUUGCUCUACUUAAGUGCCCCCCUUUUCCCUCAUAGCAUUUCUUUCUUGUCACACACCCUUUGCUUCACCCCUUUUUUCAGUUUUUAGAGAGAAGGAGCAUAAGGAGGAGAAAAAAAAGAACAACAACACAUACAUAUAUUGGUCAAGAAGAAUGGGAGAUAACAAGGACCAUGAUUUCUUUUCCCACAAAUUCCCCACAACCUCUCAGGUGAUGGAAGAGAUGAAGGAGCUGUGGGGCAUGGCUCUACCCAUCACAGCUAUGAACAUGUUGGUGUUUGUGAGAGCAGUGGUUUCUGUUCUCUUUUUGGGUAGGCUUGGAAGCCUAGAGCUAGCAGGUGGUGCACUUUCCAUAGGCUUCACCAACAUAACAGGGUACUCUGUUCUUGUGGGUCUUGCAGCAGGCCUAGAACCUGUGUGCAGCCAAGCCUUUGGUAGCAAAAACUGGGACCUUCUCUCUCUCUCUCUCCAACGAAUGGUCCUCAUCCUCCUCAUGGCAAUAGUCCCCAUAAGCCUCCUGUGGCUGAACCUCGAAAGGAUCAUGCUUUUCAUGGGCCAAGACAGUGCCAUCACAGGAAUGGCAUCACUCUACUGCUUCUACUCUCUCCCAGACCUUUUAACAAACACCUUACUACAACCCUUAAGGGUGUUUUUGAGGUCACAAAAAGUGACCAAACCUAUGAUGUAUUGCUCCCUUGUGGCUGUUUUGUUCCAUGUGCCAUUGAACUAUCUUUUGGUGGUGGUGAUGGGGCUUGGGGUACCAGGGGUGGCCAUGGCUUCAGUGAUGACUAAUCUAAACAUGGUGGUGCUGAUGGCAGGGUAUGUGUGCGUGUGCAGGAAGAGGGAGGUGGUGCUGAAGUGGCGGUGUGGUGGUGGGGGAGUGGUGUGCUCUGGGUUGGGGCAGUUGAUGGGGUUUGCUGUGCCUAGUUGCCUUAUGAUAUGUUUGGAGUGGUGGUGGUACGAGAUUGUGACUGUGCUGGCUGGGUACUUGCCACGUCCAACACUGGCUGUGGCUGCCACUGGUAUUCUCAUUCAGACAACUAGCAUGAUGUACACUGUCCCAAUGGCACUUGCAGGCUGUGUUUCUGCCAGGGUAGGGAAUGAGCUUGGAGCUGGGAAACCAUACAAGGCAAAACUAGCAGCAACGGUUGCCUUAGGAUGUGCUUUUGUGAUAGGCUUCAUCAAUGUUACAUGGACUGUGAUAUUGGGUCAAAGGUGGGCUGGGCUUUUCACCAACGACGAGCCCGUAAAAGCCUUGGUUGCAUCAGUCAUGCCGAUUAUGGGCCUGUGUGAGCUUGGGAACUGUCCACAAACCACGGGCUGUGGGAUCCUUCGUGGCACGGCCCGACCUGGUAUUGGGGCCCACAUAAACCUAGGCUCAUUCUACUUUGUGGGCACCCCGGUGGCCGUGGGCCUGGCCUUUUGGUUCAAGGUGGGGUUCAGUGGGCUUUGGUUUGGGCUUCUGUCGGCCCAGGUGGCAUGUGCUGUGUCAAUCCUCUAUGUUGUGUUGGUGAGGACAGAUUGGGAAGCUGAGGCUUUGAAGGCUGAGAAGCUCACUAGGAUUGAAAUGGGUAGUUGCAAUGGGCUUAGGAAUAAGGAAAAUGAGAGAGAUGAAGAAAGCAAAGGGCUCUUGGUGAAUGGAAAUGGGAACAAAGAUGACACAUGCUAAGAAAAAAGACACCACACACUAGAGAAAUGAAAUGACACCAAUUAUGACAUUGGGAUUUUCUUUGUUGGGUAGGAUCAAUGGGGUUGGAGGCUUGUGAGUUAACUGCUUUAUGAUAAUUUUGAGGAGGGCUUGUCUUUUUUAUUUUUAAUUUAAUUUUAUUUGCUUGGGGAAACCAUUCCAAUCCAAAUCUCAUUUUCUAUACCAAUUGCUACAUAUAUAUAUUUAGCACUUUUGUCUCCCUCUCUCUGGUGUUCCUAAUGGGCAAGUUUUGUUUUGGGUGUUGAGAUGAAAAAGUAGCUUUUGCUGUGUUGUGUUGUGAGUGACAAGUGCAAGGAGAUGUGGAUGGGAUGUGAGAAUCUGGCAUCUGACAUUUGAUAAUAUUUUAGAUGUAAGGCUGAGAGACAGAGAUUAAACUGAAAGCAGCUUUGCCUGAAAGCUGUUGCACAUAAUGCAGCACUUAUAAUAAUAAUUAUUCAAGCUGUGUA